AGUUCAUUGAUAUUUGUGUACAGCGAUGUCUCAAAAUACUAAUUGGAAAAUGAGCCAUAUGGCAAUUUUAGCAGACUUAUACGAUUUUCGAGAAUAAACUAGUGAAAUGGUGUCACAGUUCGUGUGUAAUUUUUCCAUAUUAUAAAAGAAAAUCGUUACCGCAUCCAAAAUGACGUCUGAACAAGAAAUAUUUUCGCUCUACGACAGCUAUCCGGAUUCUCUCCUGGAUAUUUGUAUGGAUUACUUAGUGGCCAAUCUGAACACAAUUACGACGUUGGAUCCCACCAGUCACUGGCGUAAACUUAAAGAUGAUAUAACUUUACCUGCUAAUUUAUGCGAAAAAUUCAUCCAGACUUAUCAAAAGAAAAACCGAGUGAACGAUAACAUUGCAAACUUAUUUCGCGAUCCAUCCCGAACAAGACUCAACUGCGUGAAACUACGAAAUUCACGUAUUACAGAGGAAGGUCUACGGUGCUUCAUGGUCCAUAGGCCCUACAGUGUGGAAUUGGUGCAAUGUAAAUACUUGUCACAGGAAUCACUGGAUAUAAUUAAUGAAUACAGCGACCGUUUGGUGUCUCUAAAAUUUGGUCCACUUAUAUACGAUCUUUCUCAAAAAGCACAAGAAGGGCACCUAAGUCAAAAAGGAUAUAUAACUGAUGCGCCCAACUUAAGGCAGCUGACUAUACAAUGUCGCAGGCUGCCUAUAUCUCCAUUACUUCUGGUAAAGCCACUAAAGAACUUGACACAUCUAGAUCUAUCUGACUUUACAUCAGAUAUAUCCACAGGUGCGUUACAUGAGCUGAAAAACUUAAGGUCACUUAGUUUGCACAAUAUUGUCUAUUCGAAGGAAAUCAUAGAUUGGAUUACAACUCUCCAGUCACUGAGACACUUGGAUUUAUCACAACCAAAUGAGAUACUUGGAACAUAUAAUAAUCCAAAUAAAGUAUUGUCUUCAAUUGUGACUAGUUUGCCACAUCUUCAAUCGUUGGACAUAUCAGGCACUAAUUUAGCUGGGUCUGGAGCAGCAUCAGUUCAUGCUCGCUGUGAUAUACCAGGGCUUGUGAGUAGGGUUAACAACCCUUUAGAGUUCCUUGGCUUGUAUGGAACUCAUCAUGGAGCUUGCAAAAGACAUGAUAUACCUGCUAAAGUGAUCUCUGGCGAUGCCAAUGGGGAACAGAUUUUGACUGCUGCGGUGGCUUACAUGGAACGUCCAGCAUUGCUUACCUAUGUGCUUAAUGAUCUUUACACUCUAGUUCGCUAUGAGAACAAAGCAUAUGUCGGUCGUGCGCUUACUGUCGUGUUGGAUGCAAUGGUUAAACAUGUUUCAAAUAAAGAUAUUCAAACAUCAGCAAGGUAAGUUUGCUAAAAGGAGACAUGACCCGGGCUUAACCAUAUCUGCGAGAGUUUCUUAAAAAUUUAAAAUAUCUAACAGCAUCUCAUCAAAUUUCCAAGUAGCCGAGGAUAACACAAUGAGUGUCUUGAAAUAAAAAAUAUCAAUAUAUUUAAUAUAUGGUGUAGAAUUUGUCGAAAUGAUAAGCUAGAGGCUCAUAAAUUUUGAUUGAAUACUAAAACUAGGUAAAUUAAAGGAAUCUUAACCUCCACCAGAAUAAAAUGAGGAAAGGUCUACCACAGGACUCGGUUUUAAGCUCUAUUGUUUAUAAUAUUUACAUGUACGACCUUGAGCAUUCGAUUUCGGCUUUCUGUGACAAUAUUGUAAUAUAUGCAGAUGAUCUUGCUAUCUAUGUAACAACUCCUGAUAUCCUAAUUCCCUCCCAUCAUCUUAACAAAGGCUAAUAUAUAAUCCAAUGGCUCACCGAUCAUGGCCUCUCUCUCUUAGCUCCUAAAAGCAAAAUAAUAAUCUUUAGUAGAAAACGUGUCAUUCCUGCUAUUGAUAUCUCAUAUAAUGGUGCAUCUAUCCCAGUUGUUCACAAAGUAAAAUUUUUAGGUAUUUACUUAGAUUGUGAUAUGACUGAUACCUUUCACUUUAAUUACAUCAGUAACAAAUGUGAGAAAGGUGUUAACAUCCUUAGAUCUCUUUCAGGCGUAUGGUGGGAUUCUCACCCCAUGUGUCAGAAAAUCCUAUACAAUGCCAUCAUCUGCAGUCACUUCAACUAUGGCUCUUUCCUCCUGGAGCCCUGCAAUAAACCGGCCCUUAGUAGGCUUGAAGUUAUCCAAACAAGAUGUUUGCGUGUUCUCACGGCGCAAUGAAAUGAACUCCUAAAAAUACUUUACAAGUAGAAUGUGUUGAUUCCCCUCUCUCUUUACGAAGACAGUUUAUAGCUGAUAGAUUUCUUUCAAAAACACUACAACUAACAUCUCACCCCCUACAUCGUAAACUAGAAUCUUUGCUACUAUUAGUUGUAAACAACUCCUAUUGGUCCAAUAAAUCCUGGCCCUCUAUUCUUAAAUCUCUAAAUAGAUUAAAAAUAUUGGUUAUCCUUGUGUAUCAUCUCUAAUACUACCCUUGUUUGAAACCAGUUAUAAAGCUCUAUUACCGAGUCCUAAAAUCACACUGAAUUUAAAUAUUAAUAAAAAUUCGCCAGCUGCAUACAACUUUCUACAGCCAUGUAGUAAAAAGUUGGCCUGAUUGGCUAUACAUAAUUUAUUGAUGCUUCCAAAUUGUAUUAGUCUAAAUGUGUCGGUUCUGCAGUAUGGUUUCCCAAAUAUGAAAUUGUCCUUAAUUAUAGAUGUCCUCCUCAGGCUUCUGUUUUUACUAGGGAUUCUGUCACCAUAUAUGAGGCUAUAUCCUAUUAUUUUUCCCAUAAAAUUCCUAGGUCAGUUAUAUUUACUGAUUCAAAAAGCUGCCUAAUGUCCUUACAGAGCAAUAUAUUUAAAAUUAAAUCCAUCUCCCCAUUAAUACUGAAAACUAAAGAAUAAAUUGAAUUGAAAAAAAUAAAUUGUGAUAAAAGUGGACUUAAGGAAGAGAUUGUGUUGAUUCCUAGUCAUUGUGACGUAGAAGGAAAUGAACAGGCACGAACAGCAAUGAAUAUCGCAUGACUCCCCUUUUAUAAUUAUCUUCAUUGUAUCACGUCUCAUUUAAUUUUCGGAUUUGUUUCAGCAACUUUUGUGUAUAAUUUAAUACUUUUCAUUAUUUAUUUUUUAAUUUUAAAGCACAGAACCUCAUGCAUAUAAAUGCAGAUACUGUGGUACUUUUUUAUGGCAACAAGGGAAGUAAUUAAAAAUACUCCAUACAGUAAAAUAAUGCAUGUUAAAAAAUGUAGAAAGUGUGAAAAAAAUUUUGAUAAAAAAUGUUAGUAAAUCUUAUAAAAUUUGUUGAGAUUUUGUUUCAUUUUGUCAAAUAAAAUUGAGGGAAAUUUGUGGGGAAUCUGUUGAAGUUUAGUCCUUAAAUUGGGGAAUUUGACAUGGAUUUUCGGAGAAUUUGACAAAUUGAUGUUGGCAAUGCUGCCAUGUUGCACCGAAAGUUAAAUUUUUAAGUUAGAUUUGUUUGCACGCGACAUAGUAAUUAGAGGCGGCAAUCACAAUAAAACUUGCAAGUAACUUUUAAUAGUUUUGAUGUACCUCUUUGUAAAUUCAAAGUAUUGGACAGAUUUAAAAUGGAACGAAAGUCAAUUAAAAUAAAGUAAAAGAAUUAUUUUUUACAUUAUUUCUGAUAGACUAAUUAACUGUCGAUCAUAAUUGCAAUUGAUUUUAACUCUUAAAUUAUUCAAUACCAUUUCAUUACUAUUUUCUUGUACAAAAUCAAAGAUAACGAUAUAUUUGUGUUUAUAAUUGUGUACUUAUUUAAUUGUGUGUAUCAUUUUUGUAGUAACGAAUUGCUUGUUGUGUCAGGGUACAGUUGAUUGUCUAAUUUGACUCCUGGUCCAAAGGAGCUGUAGAUACAGGCUGCCCUUCUUAUUUAAUGAUUUACUCUCAAGAUCUAUUGUCAUUAGCACAAAUUGAAAUAAAGAAUUCUUGGGACAGAGAAUGGAGUAUCUCCAGACAUAUUAAAGGUCACUAUGGUAAAAUCCAACCCCAAAUUCCAUCAAAACCUUUGUUUUUUUUUUAAUUUAGCUUUUUGAACAAACAAGUCACGUCUGUAUCUGUCGUUUAAGGCUCGGGCAUGUCUGUAUUUCUAGCUAAAAUUAGAAUCAAAGAUCAUUCCCUCUGUGAAUGUGGUCUGGAUGAAGGUACUCCAGACCACCUUUCCUUCAAUUGCCCUUUCCCUUUCCCCAAUUUAUUUAUAUAACAUCCUUCCCAAAACUUUCCCUUGACCGGUGAAUAUUAAUUCCCUCUUAAGUAUCCCUAAAUUCACAUGUCAAUAUGAUCUCAAAAUAUAUUCAAAUGUAUAAUAUUAGACUAUAAUUAUUGUGUACAACUUUAGCGUAACCUAAUUCUCUAUUCCCUGCUCAGGCUACUCCCCUCCUAUAACUAGAUGUUUGUUCUGUAUUAUGUUGUCCAUAACUCGUUUAUUUUGUUAUGUUUUGUUUUUAGCCACAUUGUCACCUAAUAACCGCCAACUCCUUUCCCACCGAGAAGCCUCAAGACAAGGUGUGACAGACCAAAGACCGGACAUUGGCAGAAUUAUUGUGACAUAACUACAAUACCGAGGGCCAUAUUGUAAAAAAAAAAACCUAGUGCUUCCCUCUUGUAUAUCGUCAAAGGAAGGGAGAAGGCACGCAUUGGCAUUAAAUUGAAGCGUCGCAUAUUAAGCGUCUUGCUCGAUGGAAUGGAAGCGCAUCUAGAAGAUGACAUUAUGAUGAGGAACGGCUGCCUCACACUUUGUCACUACAAGUUACCAGAUGAAGUGCUGUUCGAAUACGAUCGAGUGAUCCAGAUCCUGCUGAACAGUGUCAAUCUAGGAGGCUUCGCGCAGCAUAUCGCCAUCUAUUUGCUGAACUCGCUCCCCUCUCAGGAGGACAGGAAACAGGAACGUUUCUCGGGCAACCAUGGCGCUAUUGGGGGAAGUGGGUGUGAGCAACGGAACCGUUCCAGUCCUGAGCCGGCUUAGAUAGAAGAUGACAAUGACCCCGUACUGCUCGGCCAGCCUGUGCAGAAUGUACCGCUCCAUCCACAUAACGUCGACCGCCGUGACUCCCACCAAUGGCUCAGCUUGGAACUCCCGCUGAGAGGGCAUCUCUAUAGAACCUCUAUAGAAAUUACAUCUAUAGAAAAUAUUGUAUUUUUUAUGGUACUACAUAACCGAAAAAGCUAAUGUUUUUAAAUACAAACUAAUCGAAUCUUUAUGUGUCUAAUAUAACGGAACAUUUUAGCUGUCAUGCACAUUUAAUGUGUGCGGAAUGUAUACAUUUAAAAAAACAAAUGUGCAUGCCUUAAGCACCCAAGUUUUUAUUAAUAACCUUAUUACUUACUAUAGUUCUAUGUCUAACGUAUAUAUAUAUAUUAUAAUAACGUAAUAAUUGUAUGUCUACUAUAAUAUAAUUAUAUGUCAAACAUUAAUGAAAACAAAUACAUUUAAAAAAACAAAUGUGCAUGCCUUAAGCACCCAAGUUUUUAUUAAUAACCUUAUUACUUACUAUACUUCUAUGUCUAACGUAUAUAUAUUAUAAUAACGUAAUAAUUGUAUGUCUACUAUAAUAUAAUUAUAUGUCAAACGUCAAUGAAAACAAAGUUUGGAAAAUCCAAAAAUGCACGACUCAUAUAAACGCUCAUAUCGCACGCUUAAUAAUAUACGGACCUAACUAAAAGAACAGUUUUUUGGGAAAUUGCAUAAAACCUUUUUGGUAAUCGUGACUUGUCUUACAUAAUACCCUAAAACUUAGUAAAAAGCAUAAUAAUAAUGAAAUAAUAUAUUGUAGAAGUAGUUGAUGAACUGAUUAUUGAUACUCAAAUGAUAUUUAGAAGAAAAUUUUGUUUUUAAUUUAUUUCUUAAACGUUUAAAAAUGAUGUAUGUGCUCAGUGUGUAGAUGACAUAAGUCUGUUUACUAUUCAAGCCAAUUAUAUAUCGUUCUAGUACUAAUGUCACAUUUUGUAGUAAUAAGUCUGUAUUUUAUCAAAUAUCUACCUAAAUAUUUAACAUUUUUGUGUAUUUCCUCUGUAUUGGAUAAAAUAAUAAAACAUUUUUUUUUUU